AUGUCAGACUCCACCUUCUCUUAUUAUACCAGCCGGGGACAGGUCUUCUACAACCCGUCCACUCUCUACGCUCAGAAGCUCUUGCCCGUGAGCCUUCCGACCCCUCCGUGCAGUCCCCGCCGGAGACGACCGCACUCUAUCCAUAUCACCAGGUUGCCGGCCGGUUUCGUUCCCUUCGAUCUCCGGCCAUCGCCCCCUCCCAGAACCUCCAAAUUCCCCUCGAGGUUUCACCUCGAACUCAGAAAGGUGGCGUCGAGGGAGAAUGCAAAGCGUGUGUUAGGCUCCAUCUUCUCUCCGUCCCUCUCGAGCCCCUGUUCGACGACGUCCUCGGCGGCGGCGAGUCCGGGACUGGUGCCAUCUCCCUCGCCUCGCGCAUCCAUGUCCCUCGGCUCGUCGGAUACCAACACCAUUUUGGCGAGACGGGUAGCCACUGCGGCAGAAGAAGGAGGUAGUCUGCCCAUAACCCCGUCAAUAAUGUCGCGACCGCCGCUGGGGGAAAGCGCCAGUACCUCGUCGACAGGCAGCCUCCUAUCCGCACCACCAACCUCCCGAAGAGCCAGUUUCAGUGCGGUCAGGCCACGGAGCGGUAGCGCCGCGCCCAGCUACAAGGCGUCGGCUGCGGGAGAGGCGGAGAAGCCCGUGUGCUCCAGUGGUGGUAUCGCAUGCUACAUCAACCUUGCCGAGCCCGUGAUAUUUCUCACGGGUCUGGAUCACGAUGGCACGACCCGGGAUUCCGGGUCGAACACAACUUCGCUUCUCCGGGGGAAGCUCGUGUUGAACAUCACCAAGAACGUCAAGAUCAAGGCAGUGACGUUGAAGUUCACGGGGAGAGCCCGAACUGAGUGGCCGGAAGGUAUCCCACCCGAGAAGAUCGUGCUUCAUGAGGAAGACUCACUCAGAACCCAGAUCCUCCCCUUCUUCAAUGCCAUGUACGAUGGGUCGGAGAAUGGCUACGGGACGAUGUGCAAUUAUACCUUACGCGGCGAUAAAUCGGCGGACUCGUCCGUCACCAACCUGGCACUGGAUCAUCCUGAUGGCGCAAGUGGUUUCUCCUUGUCGGCCAUCACCAACCGAUCCAGCCGAUCCGGCGCCAAUCUCACCGCCAAAGAACAGAAGAGGCUUUCCCUGCAGAGCAACCAGUCGCGGAGUUUCACCAAGACCGAGUCUCAGUUCGGACCAUCCCCACAGCAGAAAGGCUACAAAACCUUCUUCCCGGGAGUUUACGAGUACAACUUUGAGCUGCCGAUCGAUAAGAACAGCCCCGAGACGCUCAAGCUGCCACUGGCUUCGGUCAAGUGGAACCUAGAGGCCGUGGUGGAGCGGGCCGGUGCAUUCAAGACCAAUCUCGUAGGCUCCAAAGAGAUCCCAGUCAUCCGAUCACCGUCCGAAGAUUCGCUAGAAUUGGUGGAGCCGAUUUCGAUCAGCCGCAAAUGGGAGGACCAGCUCUUUUACGAUAUUAUGAUCUCGGGAAAGUCUUUCCCCCUGGGCUCCAAGAUUCCAAUCGCCUUCAAACUCACGCCGCUGGCCAAAGUUCAGAUCCAUAAGAUCAAGGUCUUGGUCAGCGAGAGCGUCGACUAUUACGCGCGGAACAAAAAGAUCGCGAGGAGGGAGUCUCAACGGAAGAUCCUCUUGUUCGAGAAGGCCGCGGGGAAGCCACUCGCGAAGGAGUACGAUGCAUCGGAGAUCAGGAUUCUCCGAGGAGGCGAGCGGACCGAGGACGAGCGCGUGCAAAGUCGCCAAUUCGCAGAGACAGAAAGACUCUUGAGGGCUCGUCGCGAAGGAACCCAACCCGAGCCCCUGCCAGAGCGAAGCAAUAACAUGCUUGGUGACAUCGACCUCGGCAUUCCCAGCCUCUCGGGAUCUACUGAGAUGGAGAUUGAUGUUCAGCUGCCCACGUGUGAGAUGAUGGAGAAGGAUAGGAAAUUCAGAUUGACAAAUGAUUGCACAUGGAAGAAUGUCGAUGUGCACCACUGGAUCAAGAUCGUCAUGCGCGUGUCGAGGAACGACGUCGAUGAUCCGACCGGAAAGAAGCGUCGCCACUUUGAGAUAACGAUCGAUUCCCCCAUCUCGCUUCUCAAUUGUCGUGCCACUCAAGCUAACCUCGCUUUGCCUUCGUACUUGGACCAUAGCACCGGCCUCAGUCAACAACACGUCUGUGGGUGCCCUAACGCUGCGCCGAUAGCCACGCCUCCAGGAAUGCCAGCAAUAGAGAGUGCAGACGCUGGGCUGGGGAUGUCACCCGUCAACGAGAAUGCGAUGCCGGACCUGGCCCGACCGCCUCGGGCGCAUCUGUCGACCAAUGCCGCUGCAGGAGUGCAGCGACCCAUUCACUUGUUGAGGGCUCCGAGCUUCAACCCUCCUCCAUUCGAUGCAGACGAUGCGCCACCACCAACGGUUACGCCUCCGCCUCUUUACGAUCACGUCUUCGGUACGCCGAGUCACGACGGCCUGGCAGAUUAUUUCGCUCGUUUGAGUUCUUUCGAGGAGCAAAACGAGGCUUCUGAUGACGACGAGAGCCCCACCAGGGCGACGAGUCGUGGUCGUGUCAACGUCGUCAAUCCGCGGACCCCGGGUGGAAGACUGGCUCGGAGUAUGGACAUCGACCGCAGUUUCAUGUCCAACCCGGCGGCCCUCCCAGUCGUUCGACCCUCGGGGCCAACCCUCACUGUACCGGAUUCAAAUCUCGCCCUGGUCAAUGGUAAUGCAGCUACAAUUCGUACUGUUUCGAAUGACAGUGCGAGAUAA